AUGCUACCACCACAAAUUCGAAGGCUAACCAUGGUUCAAGAUUUGAAACUUUCUAAUAACCCUCUUCAUCACUUUCAGUUGAAGCAGCUUCCCAGUAUGACUGCUUUGCGAGUGUUGCACAUGCGUAACACUAAUAGAACACUAGACAAUAUUCCACCAUCUUUAGACGAUUUGGAAAAUCUAGCGGUAGAUCAGGCAUUUAUGUUGCUAGCUGCUGAUGAUAUCGAUUUUGCUGAGAACAACCUACCAGCUGUGCCGGAAGCUCUCUUCAAACUGAAAAAUCUGCGAAAACUAGAUAUUAGCGGAAAUAAGAUCGAGACUUUUACAAUUCCGGAAGGCAGUUGGGAAUCGUUAGAGACAUUAAAUGUCAGCGGCAAUGAAAUGAAAGCCCUGCCCGAUGGCCUCGUUCGCUUGGUGAAACUGCAAAGACUUUAUGCUAGCGACAAUAAGCUGACAUUUGAAGGAAUUCCAAAAGGCAUUGGAAAACUAGUGCAAUUGCUUGUACUUCACCUGACGAGAAACAAUUUGGAACUGGUUCCGGAAGGCAUUACUCGCUGUGUUCGACUGCAAAGACUUCGACUGAAUCACAAUCGGCUCAUCACAUUACCUGAUGGAAUUCACCUACUACCUGAUCUCAAGGAACUUGAUCUCACUGAGUGA